UGCAUGGAGAUUUAGCUGCAACAAAGACAGAGAGCUGCACGGGCAAAUCUCGGGAGGAGGGGUGGAGCCACGACGGAACUCUUAACACCAAAAGGCUUAUUCCUCAUCUCACUGCCAAGGUGCCGGGCUUCUCGGUCCGCAGGAACACCAACAGGCCAUGCACAUGCUCGGACUCUGGGCAAGUGAUAACCAUCGGCUGUAAGGUUCCUCCGCCAAAGGAAAAGCAUAUGGACAAAAAAAGAGCUCAAAUCUCUAUCAGAGGACUUUGGAGAUCAGCCUACCUGUAAUCGGGUUGCUCGAGAGCCUUAGGACAACUCUGAGCUGCAGACUUGAUGCUGCGGAGAAAACAUGACUUGUGAGUCGGGGAUCUGAAGGAGCGAUCUUCCGUGUACGCGCCUGGUGUCGAUCCCACGGCCCGAAGGAUGCAGCACCCGCUGGACAUGGGCGCGCAUUACUACCCCCCUGACGUCCAGCCGGACCACAGGACUCACCGCUACAGGAGUUUCAUGAUAGAGGAAAUCCUGACGGAUCACCCGGAGCACAAGACAUCAGCACCGGCCGGAGACCUGCUCAAGUUCGGGGUCCAGGCUCUUCUGUCAGCCCGACCUUUCCACAGUCAACUGGUGUUAAAAGCCGACCAUGCGAGCCUCCUCAAGUUCCCCCUGUCCCCGCUGUCCUGCUCGCUGGGCUCCCCGCUCGCCUCCCCGCUUCUGUCCGCGGCUCCGGGCCUGCAGGUCGGCCCCGCCAGCCACCACCUGCCGCUGGACCUGCACCUGCGCGGGAAGCUGGAGCACGGAGCCGACGGCGGCGGAAAGAGCAAGAAAGGGCGCCGGAGCCGCACCGUAUUCACCGAGCUGCAGCUCAUGGGCCUGGAGAAGCGCUUCGAGAAGCAGAAGUACCUCUCUACCCCAGACAGGAUAGAUUUGGCCGAGUCUUUGGGCCUCAGUCAACUGCAAGUCAAAACCUGGUACCAGAACCGGAGGAUGAAAUGGAAGAAAAUUGUUCUCCAGGGAGGAGGACUGGAGUCCCCCACCAAGCCAAAAGGCCGACCAAAGAAGAACUCCAUCCCCAGCAGCGAGCAGCUCUCUGAGCAGGAACGAUCUGCUGCUGAUGCCGAUCGUCAGUCUGACGGGUCAAGCUCUCACUUCGAGAACACACAGGAGGAGUGAUGUAAUUCAGCUGGACUUGCAGAACCGCUGGGACCCUUAAGUGCACCUGGAGGAGGAUGCUUCCAGAGACCGGAUCUGCUCCAUGAAGCAGCCGUGUGUUUUUUGUCACAUUCCUUCAUGAUGAACUUGCUGCUGCUCAGGAAGGAACUCAAACCUUUGCAGUAGGUCUAUUUUCAACUUCUAUGAUCCACUCUUACUCAUCUGUUUUGCAUUCCUUUUAUGUAACUGUGCUUUGUUUAAUUAUUAAAUAUAUUUUCAGUAA